AUGAAAGUAGUAGGAUCGAAUGAUUUUCCGCAAAUUCGGAAAACUGCGACGAUAGUUUUUUGGAAUCACACACGUUUGACUAUUCUUAUUCUAGUAUUAACGUGUAUCACAGCUUCAUUGAUGAACUCGUUGUCCUUCAAUUUUUCUGUUAUCUGUAUGAAUGACUUGGAUGGUCCGAAUAGUACCCAUUGGAUUCAUGAAACGAACAAAAAGUCCAUGCUCUUUUCUGCACCUUCAAUAGGAGCUCUGAUUGGGCUUUUGCCAAGUGUCCCAUUAAUUUCCAAAUUUGGAGUGAGAUACGUUUUGUCGUUCUGCGGAUUUUGCUCUUCACUAGGAACCCUCUUAUUCCCAAUAACCAUGGAAUUCAAUUUCUAUUUUGUGGUUCUCUGUCGACUCCUUCAAGGAAUUGGAACAAGUGUUGUAUUCACUGUAGUUGGGACCAUUCCAGUUCAUUGGGCUUCAAGCGACGAAAUGGGCACAUUUUUGGCCAUUCUUUCCUGUUCGUUCCAGCUGAGCAAUGUUUUUUGUAUGCCCAUAUCUGGGAUUUUAUGCGAAUCAACUUGGGGCUGGAGGUCAAUUUAUUUCAUAUUCGGAAUUUUUUCGCUCUUUGCUUACAUUGUAUUUUUCCUAUAUUUUAGAGAUACUCCUAGAUUUCACAGAAAUGUUUCUCAUAAAGAGCUAAAAAAAAUCGAAGUCGGAAAAAAUUUGCGCCGACGUCAGCAAGUUCCAUACCGUGAAAUCAUUCACGACCAAACAAUUCUGGUGUCAUGGUUAUCGGUAACCGGAGGAAACACUGGCUUCUUCCUGCUCGUCCUUUUUGGUCCCACUUAUCUUCGAGAUGUUCUUCAUUUCGAUGUUAAAGCCACGGGCUUCGCAAGUGCUUUGCCAUUCCUUAUUUCGGCAGCAUUCAAAUUCCUUGCUGGCGCCAUAUCAGAUAGAUCCACCUGUGUAUCGGAGAAGAUUCGAUUCACAAUAUUUGCAAUCGCAUCUCAAAUCGGACUAGCGGUGGGAUUCUGCAUAAUGUCACUAAGCUCGAGUAAAACUGUUGCUCAGAUUGCUUAUACGUUUGCGAUUGCAUCGUCGGGAUUAAACGUCAUGGGAGUAGUGAAAUGUUGUCAAAUCAGAUCCCGUCAACACGUUCAUUUCGUAGUAGCGAUGAUCUCUAUCAGCGCUGCCAUAAUUCAAUUCAUUAUUCCAAUCUUAAUCGCAAUUUUCUGCCCCGACAACACAAGCGAACAAUGGUCUCGACUAUUUAUUUGUGUGUCCAUUUUCAUCAUCGCCACCAAUAUUCCAUUUCCAAUAUUGGCCAGAGAUGAAUCAGCCGAAUAUACAAAAGAGAAAUUGGCAAUGCCGAUUGAAGAAGCCCAAAGUAAAUAA